CAGUCGCGUGUGUGCAACGCUUCGAGUCGGUGGUCGUUGGUCGUUGGUCGGCGGUUUCUGGCUAUAUAGCGCAUCUAUCAUGUGAUUAAAAUCGGUCCGGCAUCCGAGAAGACAACAUCUGUAUUCGCGCACGUAUCGGCAUCGCAUAGUUAUAGCUAUAGCUAUACUGACUCACCGCGACCGCCGACAAAACAGUGGAAUCAACUGUUUUCGGGGCGGUACGAUGGCGAUGAUGGCAGCGCUUUCCUCCCUCUUUCUGCUCGUCACGCUGGCAAGCUCAGCCCGUGCUAUUACCUGCUACGAAUGUGAUUCCGUCAAUAAUCCAGGGUGUGGGGAGCGGUUUGCGGGCGAUGACAUAUCCACGACGGAUUGCGAUGUGGUGGCGAACAUGCGAUCCCUGGGAGCGGAGGCCACUUGCCUUACCAAGUACCACGAGGGAAUGCCAGGAGACACGCGCUUCGUGAGGCGUUCCUGCUACUUUGGCGAUGCCUCACCGAUAGGCAUAAGUUGCGACGAUGGACCAGAUCCUGUGGUGCCCUUUAUGAAUUUCCUGGGUUGCACACUCUGCAAUACGGAUUUGUGCAACACAGCCGCUACAUUAUCCACUCUACCCCUGGUCAGCGCCCUUUCGCUACUCGGACUGCUUAUCUUACUUGCGAACGUAUAAAAUGAGAGUCGCGUGAAACGGCGGUGGUAUUUCAAUGUUUCCUAUUAAGCAUAAUAUACUAAAGUAUUGUAUAAAAGAUUGUUGUUU